AUGGGUGACUUUGAGAAGGACAUGUCAAAAUCGGGUGAUAUAUCGCCAUCGCCACAGUACUCCGACGUUGAAAUCGGCACUGUGCAUGAGACAAACAAGAACGGCGACUCAGCACUCGAGUUUCUGAGAACAGCACAUGAUGUCGGUGAACUUACUCCCGAAGAUGAACGUAGGUUGCUUCGGAAGAUCGACUGGAUGAUUAUGCCGCUUAUGUGGUGCUGUUACUGCCUUCAAUAUCUUGACAAAACACUAGUCAACUACGCAGCAGUCAUGGGUCUCUACGACGACGCAAACAUAACAACAGACCAAUUCUCCAACCUCGCCUUGUUCUUCUAUGUCUCUUAUCUCGUCGUUGAGUUCCCACACGGCUACGCCAUGCAGCGUCUACCUACCGCAAAGUACCUUGGCUGCGCAGUCAUCUUCUGGGGCCUUGUUACUGCACUGACAUGCGUGUGUAAGAACUACGGCGCGCUGGUCGCUACACGCGUGCUGCUUGGUUGCUUCGAGGCUGCAGUUGCGCCCAGUCUGAUUCUCAUCACUUCCAUGUGGUACAAGCGGACAGAACAGCCAUUGAGAACUGGUAUCUGGUACCUGGGCGUUGGCACCGGAACAAUGAUCGGAAGCUUGAUUAGUUUCGGAUUUCAACAUUACCACAGCGAUACAUUUACAAGUUGGCAAAUCAUGUUUCUCGUCGUCGGUCUCAUCACUGUCGUCGUCGGUAUAACCGUGGUAUUCCUCCUCCCAGACAACCCAAUGUCCUCACGCCUCACCCCCUCCGAAAAAGUCUGGGCCAUAACCCGCCUCCGCUCAAACCAAACUGGAAUCGAAAACACGCACUUCAAACCCUACCAAGUCCUCGAAUGCUUCAAAGACCCCCAGACCUGGCUCUUAUCCCUCAUCACAAUCUCCUCAAACGUGCCCAACGGCGCCGUCUCUUCCUACCAAGCCACGCUCAUAAAAUCCUUUGGCUUCAACUCCAAAACAACCGCAUUGCUGCAACUACCCUCGGGGGCCGUCAGCAUCAUUUCGAUUCUGAUAGCUACGUACCUGGCUGGCCGCUACAACCAGCGCGGGCUGAACAUUGUUACGUUGCUGAUUCCCGGGAUGCUGGGCGGGUGCCUCAUGGCAUUCUUGCCUAGCUCGGCGAAGACGGGCAAGUUGAUAGGAAACUACCUGACCAACUGCAUCGGCUCCAGCUUGCCGCUGCUGUACUCGUGGGUCGCAGCCAACUACGCGGGGCACACGAAGAAAGUCACGAUGAACGCGGUGCUUCUCAUGUCGUUUUGCCUGGGCAAUAUCAUCGGCCCGCUUACGUUUCGCAAGCAAGACAGCCCGGACUUUGUGCCCGCGAAGAUUACCAUUAUCGUCACGUGUGCGGUUGCGGCGGGCUUGGCCGUCGUGCUGCGCGUGUAUUAUGUGGUGGAGAAUGGGAAGAGGGAGAAGAAAAAUCACAGUGGGCGGGAACAUGUGGAGAACGAGGAGUUUUUGGAUUUGACGGAUCGCGAGAAUCAGAGGUUUAGGUAUAGAUUGUAA